AUGUUAAUCCCUGCAUGUUCUUUCUGGGACAUCAGUUAUCUUUUAUGUACCUACACCUCCAUCUUCAUCAUUUUCCUAAUUGCCUGGCAAGUAAGACGGAGUUACCAGGGAUUGAGCUUGGAACCUAAAGAGAGCUGCUACCAGCAUCACCGAAAAGUCAGGCAAAGGGCUAGCGAUGCAGCGUCAAGAGCCAGGAGACUUUCCCGAGAAGAAGCUGAGAAGCCAUGGGAGCUGCUCUCUAUCAUGAAAAGCCAAAGCUGGGCACCCAAGGAGGGAAAUGUGCGGCAGCUCCUGUGUGUGGAUCCCAGCUGCCAGAUCUGUGAGGAUACAACUCUAGAGAUUCAGCAGUUACUACAGAGUGAGAAAAGCCAGCUCUCCCCUGCUUUGUUGGGAGAGCCACAGGGCUCUGCUCGCUCUGCGCACCUGGAGAUGUUGCCCAUGUCUUUUGAAGGGAAUAUGGAGCUCUGUUCCAGGCACACCAGACAUCGUCCACAAGUACCUGGAAACCAAUCACUAACACAACUAACGGGACACUUAACACAGUUGACCAACACAGUCGGGGCCCAAGAAUCCUGGACUGAUUGUCUCCAGCUAGAUCAAAAUUUUCAUCUCGCCAACAUGCCCAUGGUCUCGGAGACUAUGACUUCUUCAAGGCUCAAGGAACCUAUGGUUUUAAUGAUUGAGGAAAAAUUAGUGCAAAGCAAAGCAAAGCUUGACCAGGAAAGCCAAGACCUUCAUCGUGUGAAGUCCUCUGUGUCUUUACUGUCCCUGGAUCCAAACUUGACACAUACUAUGUCCUUACAUAUGGACUCAAUGCUGUCUUCCCAUCUGCCAUUACUUAGUCCCAAAGUCCGUGGGCUUCUUGAACUACAUGUAAAAAAAUGGAUACAUUUCCAGAAGUGGGGUCUUCCUAGACGUGUGGAGGAGUCCCUGAGGCAGCUCAUGCCAGACCCAACAUUACUUUGUCGAUCUCGAGAAAAUCUAUCUUCCUACAUUCUGGACAGCAGUUCUAAGGUCACCGAGGACAGAACUGGGAUUGUUUCCCACAAGACCAGCUUAUAUUUGGCAGACCAGCCCAUCCAGACCUUCUGGGUUUCCAAAUGGCCUGUUAUAAACCUGCAACAAGGAAGACCCUGGCACCAAAUUCAUACUUGCUUGUCCUCUCAUGAAGCUGAACAUCUAAGGAAUUUCUAUCCACUCCCCAAGGCAAAAGCUAACGACUCAGGGGACAAUCUUCAGAGUGAAUAUUAUAGCCAGUUAUUCUGUGGCCUUCCGUCUCUUCACAGUGAGUCCUUGGACGUUACUUCCUUGAGCUCUCAAGGUACCUGCAAGAAAAAGGAUAUGCCCAAGCCCUCCGCAGAUGCUCAGCCCUCAGGGGUACUCACGGGCCUUUUCUUACCCAUAGCACCAAGUAAGUCAGCCUUGCCCUCUUUCCCAAAUUCUCUGAAUGGCAAGACUCCCUGUGAGCGUGAAGGAGCACAGAUCACUGUCCCGUUCCUAACUCUGGCUGAGUGUGAAGCCCUGGAACGCCACCUCCUAGAGAAACAACUCAGCAAGCUUCAGUGGAGCCCGCCAGCUCUCUUCCUACAAAACCAGUACACCCAGAGCCGAAUGCCGUGUGAAGUACCCGGUGAAACUAAGCCGGUGAAAACUUCCUUAGCAAGGAAGCCCUACUUAUACCCAACCAGGGACAUCUUCCCAGAGCACGCGCGCAGGCUGCUGGAAUUCCACCUCCAGAAGCAGCUGAUUCACCUUCGCUGGGGGCUGCCCCAGAGGAUCCAGCGCUCCAUGCGAAUGCUGCUCUCCUCCACAGACCCGAAGUCCCUGCCCUGUGGAGGCAGAGGCAGUAGGCGACCCAAUGUGAGCAUCUCACAGCCUGGGAAACCGGAGGCCGAUGGGUCUGGUGACAUGUUCUCACUCACUUUGGGCAAAGGGACAAUCUCCAUGCCACACUUGUUUGCUGAGACAAGGGAAAUGUUGAAAAGCCAUGUUGAUUCCAAAUGUGAACAGAUCCAGGAGGGCAAGAUCCCGGCUCAAGUCUGGAACUCUUGGGAAUGCAAAGUUCCUGGAAGCUUAGCAACCAUGGCUCCCUUCUCUUGGAUUCCACAAGGCCAAUGCAGGAAGUUACAGGCAGAAAGUAAAAGUGACCCUGACUUACUUCACAAAGUUGUUCCCUGGAAACCAAAGACCCUCAGCCAGGAGACACAGACCUUAUCUGGUACUCUGUUUGAACACUGUAAGAAGCCCCAAUCCCUGCCUGAGGAAACCGUUAAGAAACUGGAGACAACUUUACAUCAUAAGUAUCUGGCCUUCCUGUCAGGCCUGCCUGCCCUUUACUGUGUAGCUCUCUCUAGGCCUGUAUCCCCAGCAGUCACUAGCCAACCUAGACUCAGAGAGAAGAUGCCCGGAGCUGUCAAAAGCCCAUCAAGAGCUCUGACCCAAAUUACCCCACUUGAGCCCUGUGCUCAGGAUGGCAGUGGGGUGUCUGCGGACACUGCAGAAAAGUUCCAGCCUGGAGCAGAGGUGGACGGAAGGACAGGAAAGGUGCCUGCAGAGAGUCAGCCUCCCCCAUGCAGACCCUACCCACUAAACACACAUAUCUUGGCCAAACUGAAUUUCCACCUGAAAAAAAAGAUCCUAGCCAUGCAGUUUGGGAUUUCCGAAAAGGAAAGGAGAGAUUACAAAGAGCUGGGGACAGCUGGCCUAGAGAAUGAAUCCAUCCAGGAAUUUCUCAGGAGUCUACAUAUGCCAGAGAGCACACUGCUACAGGAACAGCCCAUCUCAUGCCCAUCUCUGCCAGCCCCAAAUGCAAAAAGGGUCCCCUGUAAAAAACAGCCAGCUCCUGCAGUACAGGCUGUGUGCCAGGAGCAAAGGCCACCUCCUUCCAAAGCAGUGCCCCGUAGUUCUGCCCAGCAGAGUUCCAAGGCCUCACAAUCCCAAAGGGAUAAGACCCAAGUCUGUGUUGACAUGGAAGCAAGACGGAAAAGGUCCAACCUAGAGAAGCCCAAGGCCGUGGGGGACCUUGGAGAAGGGGAUGCAGGUCUUGGGUUUCCCCUGGUCAGUCAAAAGACACGCCAGGAUGGAGAGCAGGAGAAGCAGCGCCUGCACAGACCACGCCAGGGCUCCUCACAGCAGGGCCACGCCUUUCAUCUCCAGGGUGCCUGUCCACACAGCCCCCGGGAGUCCCCUGAGCUCCAGUUCCCACAUCCACCUCCAGCAGUCUUCAUGGAGACAGACUCUGAGCAGGACAUGGAAGGCAGUCAAAGCGAGGAGUCCAUUGUCCCAGAACCUGCAAGGACUGCUGAAGCCCCCCAGCCUGUGCUCUCCCAGGCUUCCCAGGGCCUUCCUUUCCCAUGCUCACCAACUCAGAGAAAGCCUUUGCAGGGCCAGCCUGGUCCAGGCCACUUCCCACCAGGGCACACAAUGCCAGCCUCUCCCUCCACGAGGCCCAGCCGCCUUCCAGAGGCUGGCUUGAAAAAUAAGAUGAAAUUCUUUUUUCACUCUAUUAAUCCCAAGAUGAAGAGCAAAGCGCACACGGAGCCAUCCACGGGCUCUACACCUGGAAAGGUGACCAAAACCAGUAAAGAAAAUGUUGAAAGGGGUCUGCCUCGAGCCAAGAGCCCCACCAAGAAAACUAAGCCAGAGGACUCCAGAGGGCCCAAGGCCCAGUUUUCGUCCUCUGAGAAGUCAGUGAUGGCCUCCUUAUUAACUGCUCCCCAUAUUCUAGACAGUAAGCUCCGGCCUCGCUCCCAGCAGCUUGGCUCUAUCCCAAUAUUAGGCAACUCCCACCAUUGCCCUCGGCACUGUCCUAGGCUGGCUUAUGCCACUCACCACAGAAACCUACCCUAGCUCCCAGGGUUCACAUCAGAAAUGUUCUUCUGGUAAUGGAGAAUGCCCUGCAUGGUGACAGUUUCUAGGCUCCCCAACCUCUGUAUCCCUUUAAGAGCACACCAUUGUCAUUUUCUUUGAUGAACAGGUGGGGACUGCACUACCCAAAAUGUAUUUUCUAUCUCAGAACAAGUUGUCUGUCAUCUUUGUCUCUGCUGUACAUUAUUAAGAGAAGGUAUGAAGGAAAUAAACAUGCCCUCAUCCCGGGAAGGAGACUUAAACUUACUUCAAACAAGUCAGUUUUCCUUUCCCCAAGCUAGAAUGUGAAUUAAAACGCUUGACCAGAAAGGAAGUCUCUUGUGUAAUAUACAUUAAAGAUAAAGGUCAGGCUUGAAUUCCUUCACCAAACUCUGCCUGUCUCAUAUUUUGGGGCCUAAGGUAAAGUGAUAAGGGAAAAAUUGUGAUGUACUCAAUUUAAUUAUGAAAGUCAAA